UCCAAAUUCUCAGCUACAUUUGUUCUCUCUUAAUCACUCACUAACUACCACGUUGCCCGCCUUUUUUUUUCUUUUUUUUUUCUCUCUCUUCUUCCUCUUCUUUUGCGGUUGUAAUUGUAACAUCAGUUGCUGCUACUACUAAUCUUACAACCUGCUCAAGCAGUCAAGCUCCAAUCUCCAGUAUGGCAUUGGUUGCACGAUCUAUAUGCUUAUCCUACGACGAAAAUGCUGGGAUUUGCAACAACAUUUCAUACCAGAAUUUCAAGAAAUGGGUUCAAUUGAGGAAUCCCCUUCUACUCCAAGAUGAUGUCAGAAUGAGAAUAAGGUUCAAUGAGAGAAAGUUACCAUAUACUAAGUUUAUUGGAGCAUUUGAGAAAUCUCGUCGUUCUAAAUCAGGUCUUAUUUCAUGUGGAUGGGAGGUGAAUUCCUCCAAGAUUAUCUCCAAUGCCAUCAUACCUAAGAAGUGGAACCUGUUAAAAAUGAAGCUUGUGGAAGUAACGGCUGCAGUGGCGUGCACAUUUUUGGUCAUGUCUUCAGCACAAGCUGUUGAUCCACUCAAAACUUGUACCUGCUUAUUGAAGGAAUGCAGAAUUGAACUCGCCAAGUGCAUUGCCAAUCCAUCAUGUGCAGCUAAUGUUGCUUGCCUGCAGACCUGCAAUAAUAAGCCUGAUGAAACAGAGUGCCAAAUUAAAUGUGGGGACUUGUUCGCGAACAAAGUUGUUGAUGAGUUCAACGAGUGCGCAGUCUCUCGAAAGAAAUGUGUGCCUCAAAAGUCUGAUGUUGGAGAAUUUCCUGUUCCUGAUGUUGGCGUGCUUGUUAAGAGGUUUGACAUUAACGAUUUCAGUGGGAAGUGGUUUAUAAGUAGCGGUCUGAACCCCACAUUUGACACCUUUGAUUGCCAAUUACAUGAGUUCCACGUGGAAGAUGGAAAGCUUAUUGGAAACUUGUCUUGGCGAAUAAAAACACCGGAUGGUGGAUUUUUCACCCGUUCUGCUGUGCAGAGAUUUGUGCAAGAUCCCUCCCAACCUGGGAUUCUUUAUAAUCAUGACAAUGAAUAUCUUCACUAUGAAGAUGACUGGUACAUCCUAUCUUCCAAGAUAGAAAAUCAACCAGAUGACUACAUUUUUGUAUAUUACAAAGGCAGAAAUGAUGCAUGGGACGGCUAUGGUGGCUCUGUCAUAUACACAAGAAGUGCAACUUUACCUGAAACUAUUGUGCCUGAACUUGAGAGAGCAGCUCAAAGUGUAGGACGAGACUUUAAAACAUUCAUCAGGACGGACAAUACCUGUGGGCCUGAGCCUCCACUUGUUGAGAGGCUGGAGAAGAAGGUAGAGGAAGGAGAAAGAACUAUCAUAAGGGAAGUAGAGGAGCUAGAAGAAGAGGUUGAGAAGGUUGGAAAGACAGAGAUGACAUUGUUUCAGAGGCUAACAGAAGGUUUUAAAGAGCUCCAAAAAGACGAGGAAAACUUUAUCCGAGAAUUAAGCAAGGAAGAGAUGGAAUUACUGGAUGAUUUAAAAAUGGAGGCAACCGAGGUGGAGAAACUCUUUGGGCGAGCAUUGCCCAUAAGAAAAAUUCGGUAGAAGUAGAGGCAAAGUCUCAGGUUCAUAGUGCAUCUUCUGCUCUGAUGGUGGAGCGUAAGCAUUUUCUGUUGGGGCCGGAGAAGGGGUAGUAAUUGGUUGAGGUAUUGCGAGGAAACUAAGAGCCGCAACAACAUCACCAAUUAAGGGGCGGACAGAUGGUUCUUCUUGAAGGCACAUUGCACAAAUUCCAACAGCUUGGUUUAGACUUGUCACGGGAAAUUCUCUAUUUAGACGAGGAUCUGCUAAAUCUGGAAAUCUUUUAGGCUCCCUAAAUAUCGGUUGUGCCUGAUAACACAGUUACAAAUAGGUCAGAUCAGGAAAGUUGCAGCAAAUAUCGUCAAGUGAAAUGCUUUUGACUUAUUCUGUGUCUCAUCUUAUACUUCAUUGUCUCUCGUUUUACCAAUAACAUAUACAUCUCAUUUGGUUAGCGAUAUUAA